AUGGCCUCAGUCACCGGCGACCGGCUGCUCGCCCAAGGCACGCACGAGUCCGCGCUCGAACUCAUCGGGCAGACGCCCCUCGUACGCCUGAACAAGAUCCCGCAGUCUCUCAGCAUCGAAGCCACCGUCUAUGCCAAAUGCGAAUAUUUCAACGCCGGAGGAAGCGUCAAGGACAGGAUCGCCCUGCGCAUGAUUGAAGAGGCCGAGAAGUCGGGCAGAAUAAAACCGGGGGACACGCUCAUCGAGCCUACCAGUGGCAACACUGGCAUCGGACUCGCCCUCGUCGCCGCCCUCAAGGGCUACAAGACCAUCAUCACCCUCCCGGAAAAGAUGUCUGCUGAGAAAGUCGCCGUCCUCAAAGCCCUCAACGCAACCAUCAUCCGCACCCCCACACAAGCCGCCUUUGACAGCCCUGAAUCACACAUCGGAGUCGCCAAACGGUUGGAGAAGGAGAUACCCAAUGCUCAUAUCUUGGACCAAUACGGGAACCCCGACAAUCCGCUGGCGCAUGAGCUGGGAACGGCGGAAGAGGUCUGGCAGCAGACAAAUGGUACUAUAACGUGCAUCGUCGCUGGGGCCGGCACAGGUGGCACAAUCACAGGUCUCGCCCGCGGUCUACACAAGCACAACAAAUCAAUAAAGGUCGUCGCUGCAGAUCCCCAGGGCUCGAUCCUCGCUCUCCCGUCGUCCCUCAACGAAGAAUACGCCAACCAACCUUACAAAGUCGAGGGGAUCGGCUAUGACUUCAUCCCGGACGUCCUCGACCAGAGUGUCGUGGACAAAUGGUACAAGACGGACGACAGAGAUUCCUUCCACUAUGCACGCCGUCUCAUUUCCGAAGAAGGGUUGCUGGUCGGAGGGAGCUCUGGGUCUGCUAUCGCAGCCACGAUCCAAGCCGCAAGAGAUCUCAAGCUUGGGAAGGACGAUGUGAUCGUGACAAUCCUCCCAGAUAGCAUCCGCUCGUACUUGAGCAAAUUCGUCGACGACGACUGGCUCGCCGCCAACAACCUCUUACCUCCAACACCACCGCCUGAACCAUCAUCACCCCAACUAUCGAGAACCCAGAGCAUCAAGCAAGACGACACAUUCCACGGCGCUCGCGUACGCCACCUGCGCCUCAAACCCGUCCAGACGGUCACUUCGGACAGUCCCUGCUCCAGCGCCAUCGAAGUCAUGCGCGAAAAGGGCUUCGACCAACUCCCUGUCCUUGCUCCCAAGGGAUCCAGGAGACUAGUCGGCCUCGUCACCUUGGGCAACCUGCUGUCACGGAUAAGCCACGGGCGGGCCACGGGACAGAGCCCCGUGAGCGACGUCAUGUUCGACUUCUCCAAAAUCAGCGAGGUCACCGUCGACCACACGGAUUUCUCCGAGCUGAUGAACACCUCCGCGGACGAGGACUCGGAGCCGCAGAAGCCGUCGGCCGCGAAACCCAAGGGCAAAGGCAAGCGGAAGCACUUUGUCGAGAUCACCGUGGACACGCCCCUGAGCGCGUUGAACAGAUUCUUCGAGUGGCAGAGUGCGGCCAUCGUCACCGAGCGCGAGUCAAGCGACAAGGGCGGCACUCUCAAGCCGGUGGCGGUGGUCACCAAGGUAGAUCUGCUUACUUGGAUGUUGAGCGAGCACAAGCCGUAA